AUGAGCAGUAGUCUGGACAGGGUACCCCCUAGUAUGAGCAGUAGUUUGGACAGGGUACCCCCUAGUAUGAGCAGUAGUUUGGACAGGGUACCCCCUAGUAUGAGCAGUAGUCUGGACAGAGUACCCCCUAGUAUGAGCAGUAGUUUGGACAGGGUACCCCCUAGUAUGAGCAGUAGUUUGGACAGGGUACCCCCUAGUAUGAGCAGUAGUCUGGACAGGGUACCCCCUAGUAUGAGCAGUAGUUUGGACAGGGUACCCCCUAGUAUGAGCAGUAGUUUGGACAGGGUACCCCCUAGUAUGAGCAGUAGUCUGGACAGGGUACCCCCUAGUAUGAGCAGUAGUUUGGACAGGGUACCCCCUAGUAUGAGCAGUAGUCUGGACAGGGUACCCCCUAGUAUGAGCAGUAGUCUGGACAGGGUACCCCCUAGUAUGAGCAAUAGUCUGGACAGGGUACCCCCUAGUAUGAGCAGUAGUCUGGACAGGGUACCCCCUAGUAUGAGCAGUAGUCUGGACAGGGUACCCCCUAGUAUGAGCAGUAGUUUGGACAGGGUACCCCCUAGUAUGAGCAGUAGUUUGGACAGGGUACCCCCUAGUAUGAGCAGUAGUCUGGACUGGGUACCCCCUAGUAUGAGCAAUAGUCUGGACAGGGUACCCCCUAGUAUGAGCAAUAGUCUGGACAGGGUACCCCCUAGUAUGAGCAGUAGUCUGGACAGGGUACCCCCUAGUAUGAGCAGUAGUCUGGACAGGGUACCCCCUAGUAUGAGCAGUAGUUUGGACAGGGUACCCCCUAGUAUGAGCAGUAGUCUGGACAGGGUACCCCCUAGUAUGAGCAGUAGUUUGGACAGGGUAUCCCCUAGUAUGAGCAGUAGUUUGGACAGGGUACCCCCUAGUAUGAGCAGUUGUUUGGACAGGGUACCCCCCUAGUAUGAGCAAUAGUUUGGACAGGGUACCCCCUAGUAUGAGCAGUUGUUUGGACAGGGUACCCUCUAGUAUGAGCAGUAGUUUGGACAGGGUACCCCCUAGUAUGAGCAGUAGUUUGGACAGGGUACCCCCUAGUAUGAGCAAUAGUUUGGACAGGGUACCCCCUAGUAUGAGCAGUUGUUUGGACAGGGUACCCUCUAGUAUGAGCAGUAGUUUGGACAGGGUACCCCCUAGUAUGAGCAGUAGUUUGGACAUGGGGAAUGAGUUUGUGUGUGAAGCAGCAUCCGGGACUCUCUGCCAAGUAAAUAGUGUCUACAUGCAGACACACACACUGGUACACACAGACACACACACACUGGUACACACACACACACACACACACACACACACAUACAGUCUUGUACAGCUGACCUUGUGGGGACACACUAUUCAGUCCCAUUCAAAAUCCUAUUUUCCCUGAACCCUAACCUGUACUCUUACCCUGACCUUAACCCUAACCUUAACCCAAAAACCUAACCCUUAACGUAAUUCUAACACUAAUUCUAACCUUAACCCUAAACUCCCUAGAAAUAGCAUUUGACCUCAUGGGGACUAACAAAAUGUCCCCAGUUGGUCAAAUUUCUGUUUGUUUACUACUCUUGUGGGGACUUCUGGUCCCCACAAUAAUAGUUAAACACAUCCUGGUACACAGACACACACACACACACACACACACACAGGCAGGUAUACCUUCAUUACUCCACUGCGUUCCUUUAUGUUGUUUCCUGAGUGAACCACUAUGUAGGCUGUUGCAUUUGUGAAGAAAUGAUCAAAUCUGUCCAUCUCUCUCUCAAUCUGUCCAUCUCUCUCUCAAUCUGUCCAUCUCUCUCUCAUUCUGUCCAUCUCUCUCUCAAUCUGUCCAUCUCUCUCUCAAUCUGUCCAUCUCUCUCUCAAUCUGUCCAUCUCUCUCUCUCAAUCUGUCCAUCUGUCCAUUGUUCUUGUCCUCCUUCAGAGUGUAUCAGAAUGCAGCAGAGCUAGCAGGAGGCUGUCAGAAUGCAGCAGAGCAAGCAGGAGGCUGAAAAGGUAUGUUAACUUCCUACCUUUAGUUGAUUCAUUUAUUUACUACUCGUCAUUUUUAAAACAUAAUAUUUGAUUAUGUGACUUAUGUGACUUUAACCAUGGCUAAACUUUCUUUUGUUGUUGUUGUGUGUGUGUGUGUCUGUGUGUGUGUCUGUGUGUGUGUCUGUGUGUGUGUGUGUGCGUGUGCGUGUGCGUGUGCGCAGUCGACAGCUGCGCAGUGGGCGGCGUACAGACACCUUGUGUCGCUCUGCUCGGUCAGGCUGGCCCUCUUCCUCAAUCAGCCGCUCACUACUGGGCAACUUUGAGGUACGACACACACACACACACACACACACACACACACGUUUGUUUUACUAUCCUUGUGGACACCUAAAAUGUAUUUACAUAUUACAGUACAUUCUAACCUUAAGAGACAAAUGACAAUUAAGUGUGAGAUACCAUUAAUGUGAAAAUAUUUUGUAAAGUAUGAAGGUAUUUUGUCAGAACUUGAGUUUCUACCAAAUAUUUAGAGAUAUUUUCCAAAUUCCUCAUGGCCAUAGAAGUAGCAGGGCUUUGCAGUUGAUCUUCUUCCCUCUUGUGGUUUCUUCUCCAUGCUUUGAAUACGCUCCUACAUGGAAAUAUAAGAUCCUUCAUGGCCAUGGCAAACCUCUCCCAUGGCUUGUGCUGCAGUGGACCUCAGUGUGUUCCCUCUUGUUGUUUUGGAAGUGGCUGUGUGUUGCUCCUCUUCACCCUUUUCCCCUCUUGUGGUUUCUUCUCCAGGAGUCGAUCCUGAAGGGUCGUUUCCCUCCGUCGGGUCGUAUCGAGGGCUUCACAGCAGAGAUUGGUGCCAGCGGAUCCUACUGCCCUCCACACGCCACUCUGCCUGUACACGUCACUUACUACGACAUCUCAGAGCACAGCGCACCCUCACCCUUCCUGGUUAGUGUGUGUGUGUAUGUGUGUGCAUGUGUGUGUGUGUGUGACAUGAUGUUAAAUAAUUUCAUCUCUCUGUUGUAGGGAGUGAUCUCCUUGGAACCUCUUGGAAAGAGAGGAUACAGUGUACCCAAAGCAGGGACCAUCCAAGUGGUUAGUCUCAUGCUCCUCUUUCUCUCUCUGGCACUAGCAUGCACUGACUGCAUGGAUAUACCAUGACAAUGGCAAAUAUCUCCAUGUUCUCUCCCUCCAGACCUUAUUUAACCCCAAUAAAACAGUUCUCUCUCCCUCCAGACCUUAUUCAACCCCAAUAAAACAGUUAUCUCUCCCUCCAGACCUUAUUUAACCCCAAUAAAACUGUUCUCUCUCCAUCCAGACCUUAUUCAACCCCAAUAAAACUGUUCUCUCUCCAUCCAGACCUUAUUCAACCCCAAUAAAACUGUGGUGAAGAUGUUCCUCGUGACCUAUAACUUUGGCGACAUGCCCGUCAAUCACAUGACCUUCCUGCGUCACCGCAUCUUCCUGGUUCCCGUGGAGGAGGCCGGGCCAGAUGGGAAGGGGCCUCCAGAGCCCAGGGCCACGUCCACAGAGAGGAGGAAGAUUCUCUGCUAUCUGAUACACCUCAGGUAUGUCUAUCUGGUGAUUUUCUGUUUGUUUUUAAAGGGAUAAUCCACCCCCAGAACUAAAAAUCAUGAAACUCCUGUCAAUUUGGUGAACACCUGCCUGUGUUCUAUCAGUGGGUAAAAAACAAUUUUUACACCAUGACAAAACUUCUAAGAGGUCUGUCUGUGAAAUCAGAAAAUUGUGUAGGAAUGUCUCAUAGCUACAUUCCCUUUAGAAAGUAUUCAUACCCCUUGACUUAUUCCACAUGUUGUUGUGUUACAGCCUGAAUUCAAAAUUGAUUAAAUAUUUGUUUGUCUCUCACACAUCUACACACAAUAUCUAAUAAUGACAAAGUGAAAAUAAAUUUUUUGAAAAUGUUGCUAAUGUAUUGAAAAUGUAAUCCAGAAAUACCUAAUUUACAUAAGUAUUCACACCCCUAAAUCAACACGUUAGAAUCACCUUUGCAAUUACAGUUGAGAGUCUUUCUGGGUAAGUCUCUAUCAGCUUUCCACACCUGGAUUGUACAAUAUUUGCCCAUUUAUUCUUUAGAAAAUUCUUCAAGCUCUGUCAAAUUGGUUGUUGAUCAUUGCUAGACAACCAUUUUCAAGUCUUGCCAUAGAUUUUCAAGGAGAUUUCAGUCAAAACUGUAACUCGGCCACCCAGGAACAUUCACUGUCUUGGUAAGCAAUUCCAGUGUAGAUUUGACCUUGUGUUUUAGGUCAUUGUCCUGCUGAAAGGUGAUUUCAUCUCCCAGACUGAACCAGGUUUUCCUCAAAGAUUUUGCCUGUCCUUAACUCCAUUCCAUUUCUUUUUUAUCCUGAAAAACUCCCCAGUCCUUAAUGGUUACAAGCAUACCCAUAACAUGAUGCAGCCACCACUAUGCUUGAAAAUAUGGAGAGUGCUUUGCCAAUUUUUUUUGCAGUAUUACUUUAGUGCCUUGUUGCAAACAGGAUGCAUGUUUUGGAAUAUUUUUAUUCUGGACAGGCUUCCUUCUUUUCACUUUGUCAAUUACUUAAGUAUUGUGGAGUAACUACAAUGUUGUUGAUCCAUCCUCAGUUUUCUCCUAUCACAGCCAUUAAACUCUAACUUAUUUAAAGUCACCAUUGGCCUCAUGGUGAAAUCCCUGAGCGGUUUCUGGAAACGGAGUUAGGAAGGACGCUUGUAUCUUUGUAGUGACUGGGUGUAUUGAUACACCAUCCAAAGUGUAAUUAAUGACUCCACCAUGCUCAAAGGGAUAUUCAAUGUCUGCUUUUUUUUUACCCAUCUACCAAUAGGUGCCCUUUGCCAGGCAUUGGAAAACCUUGAUGGUCUUUGUGGUUGAAUCUGUGUUUAAAAUUCCCUGCUCGACUAAGGGACCUUACAGAUAAUGUGUGAUACAGAGAUGAGAUAGUCAUAAACAAAUCAUGUUAAACACUAUUAUCGCACACAGUGAUUCCAUGCAACUUAUUAUGUGGCUUGUUAAGCACAUUUUUACUCCUGAACUUAUUUGACUUGCCAUAACAAAGGGAUUGAAUACUUAUUGACUCAAUACAUUUCAGCUUUUCAUUUUUAAUUAACUUGUAAAAAUGUCGAAAAGCAUUAUUCUAUUUUGACCUUAUAGGGUAUUGUGUGUGUAGGCCAGUUACAAAAAAACCUUAAUUUAAUCAAUUUUGAAUUCAGGUUGUAACACAACAAAAUGUGGAACAAGUCAAGAGGUGUGAAUACUUUUUGAAGGCACUGUACAUGGUUCUCGUCACUGGAGAUGGGAGAUAACACACUAUCAUAUUUCAUAACGCUUUUAAAACAACCUGGACUCCAGAUCACCAAUUCAGCCAAUAGAUGGUAUGGGCAUACUUGUCUUAUCUAGAACACAUCCAUCUGUUUAUAUUGUCAUAAGAAAGUACAGUGCCUUCGGAAAAGUAUUCAGACCCCUUGACUUUUUCCACAUUUGGUUAGGUUACAGCCUUAUUCUAAAAUUUAAAUAGUUUUUCUCCCUCAUCAAUCUACACACAAUACCCCAUAAUGACAAAGCAAAAACAGAUUUUUAGAAAUGUUUGCUAAUUUAUAAAAAAAAUUAUAAAAAAUUAAAUAUCACAUUUACAUAAGUAUUCAGACCCUUUACUCAGUACUUUGUUGAAGCACCUUUGGCAGCGAUUACAGCCUUGAGUCUUCUUGGGUAUGACACAACAAGCUUGACACACCUGAAUUUGAGAAGUUUCUCCCAUUCUUCUCUGCAGAUCCUCUCAAGCUCUGUCAGGUUGGAUGGGGAGCAUUGCUGCACAGCUAUUUUCAGGUCUCUCCAGAGAUGUUCGAUCUGGUUCAAGUCCGGCCUCUGGCUGGGCAACUCAAGGACAUUCAGAGACUUGUCCCGAAGCCACUCCUGCGUUGUCUUGGCUGUGUGCUUAGGGUCGUUGUCCUGUUGGAAGGUGAACCUUCUCCCCAGUCUGAAGUCCUGAGCGCUCUGGAGCAGGUUUUCAUCAAGGAUCUCUCUGUACUUUGCUCCGUUCAUCUUUGACUCGAUUCUGACUAGUCUCCCAGUCCCGGCUGCUGAAAAACAUCCCCACAGCAUGAUGCUACAACCACCAUUCUUCACAGUAGGGAUGGUGCCAGGUUUCCUCCAGACGUGAUGCUUGGCAUUCAGGCCAAUGAGUUCAAUCUUGGUUUCAUCAGACCAGAGAAUAUUGUUUCUCAUGGUCUGAGAGUCCUUCAGAUGCCUUUUGGCAAACUCCAAGCGGGCUGUCAUGUGCCAUUUACUGAGGAGUGGCUUCCGUCUGGCCACUCUACCAUAAAGGGCUGAUUGGUGGAGUGCUGCAGAGAUGGUUGUCCUUCUGGAAGGUUCUCCCAUCUCCACAGAGGAAUUCUAGAGCUCUGUCAGAGUGACCGUCGGGUUCUUGGUCACCUCCCUGACCAAGGCCCUUCUCCCUGUUUUGGCUUUGUCAUUAUGGGGUAUUGUGUCUAGAUUGAGGAUUUUUAUUUAUUUAAUCAAUUUUAGAAUAAGGCUGUAACGUAACAAAAUGUGGAAAAAGUCAAGGGGUCUGAAUACUUUCCGAAGGCACUGUAUAAACAGUAUUUUGCUUAGAUGUGCUCAAUCUAUACAGUGUACCAACUCGCAAUCUCGCAAUGUGCCCUGUGUGUCUGUGGGAAACGUGGGAAAGGGCCGUUGUUGCCAUAGUAACGUACUGUGCACUCGCUCUGAGCUGAGAGGAACUGCAAGUUGAACUCUGUGAGAUUGGUAAUGCAGUUUGUUUGGCUGAUUUUUACAGCUAGCUAGCUAGUUACUUCACAUGCUAAUAUUGACUUUGGUAUUAUUGUGUGUAGCUAUGGAGGGAGAGCAUUGCAUUGUGGGUUUUGUAGUCGACUUGAGCUGCAACAGAUUUCCACAAUGAUUUUGCUACCAAACUUGUAAUAAUGACAAAAUGAAAACAAAUAUUGUUUUCUCAUAUUAGUGUUAUUUAACACUAUGUAACACUGUUAAUCAUAGGAAUUUGUGGUUAGGGUGGAUUAUCCCUUUAAGGUUCGGUUUGUUGUGGAAAUUGUAUUUUUCUGUACGGUAUGUAUGGCAUGUGCAAUAUGUUUGUUAGGAUUGUCCAUCCAUCCCCAUCCAUCCAUCUGUUUGUUUUUUGUGUGUUUGUUUUGUUUGUUAGAAACCAAGAUACAUUGUUCAGCAUUUCAAAUGCAGGCUAUACUAAUAUUUUCUAAUGUAAUAAUUUACUUAAUGUCUUUAGGAUUGUUUGCUGAUCAGUGUUUCAAUAAAGUUUAGCUUAGUAUCUUUACACUUAGCUUAGUAGCUUUAGCUUAGUAGCCUUACACUUAGCUUAGUAUCUUUACACUUAGUUUAGUAGCUUUACACUUAGUUUAGUAUCUUUACACUUAGCUUAGUAGCUUUACACUUAGUUUAGUAGCUUUAGCUUAGUAUCCUUACACUUAGCUUAGUAUCUUUACACUUAGUUUAGUAGCUUUACACUUAGCUUAGUAUCUUUACACUUAGUUUAGUAUCUUUACACUUAGCUUAGUAGCUUUACACUUAGUUUAGUAGCUUUAGCUUAGUAGCCUUACACUUAGCUUAGUAUCUUUACACUUAGUUUAGUAGCUUUACACUUAGCUUAGUAGCUUUAGCUUAGUAGCCUUACACUUAGUUUAGUAGCUUUACACUUAGCUUAGUAUCUUUACACUUAGUUUAGUAGCUUUACACUUAAGCUUAGUAGCUUUACACUUAGUUUAGCUUUACACGCUAUUAACGGUGAUGGUUCUUCUUUGUUUUCUUUUGACUCUGUAGAUUCCAGAGCUCCAAAUCUGGGAAGAUCUACUUGCACAACGAUAUCCGGCUGCUUUUCUCCCGCAAGUCCAUCGAGGUGGACACAGGGAUCCCUUACGAGCUCAAAUCUUUCACCGAGGUGCCAAGAAACCCCAAAUACUCCCCCCGUGUGUGACCCUACGAUGAACCUAUGACCCCUAUUCCCUAACUCCCAACGCCAACGCAGCCCCUAUCUGGAAUGGUGCACAGACGGACUGCUCAGUAAAUGGAUGACAAAACUUGAAUAGACUAUUCACACAUACAUACAUACAUACAUGCAUACAGUGGGGAGAACAACUAUUUGAUACACUGCCGAUUUUGCAGGUUUUCCUACUUACAAAGCAUGUAGAGGUCUGUAAUUUUUAUCAUAGGUACACUUCAACUGUGAGAGACGGAAUGUAAAACAAAAAUCCAGAAAAUCACAUUGUAUGAUUUUAAAGUAAUUAAUUUGCAUUUUAUUGCAUGACAUAAGUAUUUGAUACAUCAGAAAAGCAGAACUUAUUAUUUGGUACAGAAACCUUUGUUUGCAAUUACAGAGAUCAUACAUUUCCUGUAGGUCUUGACCAGGUUUGCACACACUGCAGCAGGGAUUUUGGCCCACUCCUCCAUACAGACCUUCUCCAGAUCCUUCAGGUUUCGGGGCUGUCGCUGGGCAAUACGGACUUUCAGCUCCCUCCAAAGAUUUUCUAUUGGGUUCAGGUCUGGAGACUGGCUAGGCCACUCCAGGACCUUGAGGUGCUUCUUACGGAGGCACUCCUUAGUUGCCCUGGCUAUGUGUUUUGGGUCGUUGUCAUGCUGGAAGACCCAGACACGACCCAUCUUCAAUGCUCUUACUGAGGGAAGGAGGUUGUUGGCCAAGAUCUCGCAAUACAUGGCCCCAUCCAUCCUCCCCUCAAUACGGUGCAGUCGUCCUGUCCCCUUUGCAGAAAAGCAUCCCCAAAGAAUGAUGUUUCCACCUCUAUGCUUCACGGUUGGGAUGGUGUUCUUGGGGUUGUACUCAUCCUUCUUCUUCCUCCAAACACGGCGAGUGGAGUUUAGACCAAAAAGUUCUAUUUUUGUCUCAUCAGACCACAUGACCUUCUCCCAUUCCUCCUCUGGAUCAUCCAGAUGGUCAUUGGCAAACUUCAGACGGGCCUGGACAUGCGCUGGCUUGAGCAGGGGGACCUUGCGUGCGCUGCAGGAUUUUAAUCCAUGACGGCGUAGUGUGUUACUAAUGGUUUUCUUUGAGACUGUGGUCCCAGCUCUCUUCAGGUCAUUGACCAGGUCCUGCCGUGUAGUUCUGGGCUGAUCCCUCACCUUCCUCACAAUCAUUGAUGACCCACGAGGUGAGAUCUUGCAUGGAGCCCCAGACCGAGGGUGAUUGACCGUCAUCUUGAACUUCUUCCAUUUUCUAAUAAUUGCGCCAACAGUUGUUGCCUUCUCACCAAGCUGCUUGCCUAUUGUCCUGUAGCCCAUCCCAGCCUUGUGCAGGUCUACAAUUUUAUCCCUGAUGUCCUUACACAGCUGUCUGGUCUUGGCCAUUGUGGAGAGGUUGGAGUCUGUUUGAUUGAGUGUGUGGACAGGUGUCUUUUAUACAGGUAACGAGUUCAAACAGGUGCAGUUAAUACAGGUAAUGAGUGGAGAACAGGAGGGCUUCUUAAAGAAAAACUAACAGGUCUGUGAGAGCCGGAAUUCUUACUGGUUGGUAGGUGAUCAAAUACUUAUGUCAUGCAAUAAAAUGCAAAUUAAUUACUUAAAAAUCAUACAAUCUCUCACAGUUGAAGUGUACUUAUGAUAAAAAAUUACAGACCUCUACAUGCUUUGUAAGUAGGAAAACCUGCAAAAUCGUCAAGUGUAUCAAAUACUUAUUCUCCCCACUGUACAUACAUACAUACAUACAUGCAUACACACACACAUACAUACAUGCAUACAUACACUACAUAUAGAAAUGUAUGUGGACACCCCUUCAAAUUUGUGGAUUUGGCUAUUUCAGCCACACCCGUUGCUGACAGGUGUAUAAAAUCGAGCACACAGCCAUGCACUCUCCAUUGACAAACAUUGGAAGUAGAAUGGCCUGACUGAAGAGCUCAGUGACUUUCAAUGUGGCACCGUCAUAGGAUGCCACCUUUCCAACAAGUCAGUUCAUAAAAUUUCUGCCCUACUAGAACUGCAAGUGCUGUUAUUGUGAAGUGGAAACGUCUAGGAGCAACAACGGCUCAGCAGCGAAGUGGUAGGCCACACAAGCUCACAUAACGGGACCGCCGAGUGCUGAAGCAUGUAGCGUGUAAAAAUCAUCUGUCCUUUGUUGCAAAACUCAGUUCCAAACUGCCUCUGGAAGCAACGUCAGCACAAUAACUGUUUGUCGGGAGCUUCAUGUAAUGGGUUUCCAUGGCCGAGCAGCCGCACACAAGCCUAAGAUCACAAUGCCAAGUGUCGGCUGGAGUGGUGUAAAGCUCGCCACCAUUGGACUCUGGCGCAGUGGAAACGCGUUCUCUGAAGUGAUGAAUCACGCUUCAGAAUCUGGCAGUCCGACGGACAAAUCUGGGUUUGGCGGAUGCUAUGAGAACGCUAUCUGCGCCAAUGCAUAGUGCCAACUGUAAAGUUUGGUGGAGGGGGAAUAAUGGUCUGGGUCUGUUUUUCAUGGUUCGGGCUAGGCCCCUUAAUUCCAGUGAAGGGAAAACUUAACAGUACAGCAUACAAUGACAUUCUAGACGAUUCUGUGCUUCCAACUUUGUGGCAACAGUUUGGGGAAGACCCUUUCCUGUUUCAGCAUGACAAUGCCCCUGUGCACAAAGCGAGGUCCCCAUCGAACACCUUUGGGAUGAAUUGGAGUGCCGACUGCGAGUCAGGCCUAAUCGCCCAACAUCAGUGUCCGACCUCACUAAGCUCUUGUGGAUGAAUGGAAGCAAGUCCCCGCAGCAAUGUUCCAACAUCUAGUGGAAAGCCUUCUCAGAAGAGUGGAGGCUGUUAUAGCAGCAAAGGGGGGACCAACUCCAUAUUAAUGCCCAUGAUUUUGGAAUGAGAUGUUCGAUGAGCAGGUGUCCACAUACUUUUGGUAAUGUAGUGUACAUACAUACAUACACAGAAACACACGUUGCCCAUACCAACAUGCACAGACAACAAGCAUCGAUCGAUACUUGCACCCAAGCUAAGCAGACUCACUUGUAUAGACAACGCACAGUACACAUUAACACUCUUCCAUCUAGAGUUGAGUGUUAACAUGCAUGCCUUGUGACUAACCUAGAACCAGUUUUCCUCUAGUGCCGUUCAUUUCACACACACUGUCCUUCACUAUGCCUGCCUGCACCCGCCCCUCACCCCCGCGUUGGACCAAUGACAACCCUGCCACCUCAACCAGCCAGCCGAUAGGAAGCCGGCAAGCCGCUAAUGGCGCACACAUUGGGAAAAGAGGACUGUAGAGCAUUAAACAUCCCGGUGAGGGUGGGGGGCACAAAACAAACUUUAUUUAACUGGAGAAGAGGUGAGAGACAGAGGAGUACUAGUGAAACAAAGACUGAGAUGAAUCAAUCAAUUGGAGAAUAAAGAUUGGACUUCAGAUGUUUGACACACCCUGCAAACGCCGAAACAAUUGGCUACACUCAGGACUUAACUGUACUGUAUUUUGAUUGAAGCCUACAGACGUUCCAGUGAACCUUCCCCCACUUCAAGCAUCAUGGUACGGAUCACUGUGUAGGAUGCAAGGGUAAGGGGAAUAUACCGUGGAACGGGUGGAUGCCUCCUUUCAUGUAGACGGAUGGAGGGACACUGUGGUUUUUAGUUCUUUCUGUUCAAAACAAUCUGAAAUGAAGGAAAAAUAAGCAACAAAAAAAGGUGUAGGAUUUCAUUUAUGUUCGCAAAUGUCUUAAAAAGCGAUAUGCUGCACAAAUAGACAGUGUUUUUAGCCAGACCUGCUUUUUUUCUGCAUUCAAAAUGGCACCCUAUUCCCUACAUAGAGCCCUAUGGACCCUGGUCAUAUGUAGUGCACACUAUAGAGAAUAGGGCGCCAUUUGGAACGCAGCCUUUCUCUGUGGUGGAGAAGAGGAGAACCUGAGAUGGCUUGGGAGUGGGGAGGUAAAAAAUAUAGAGGUGGGAUGAAAAAAAAAAAAAAAGUAUAUGUAUAUUUAAAUUAAACUCAGCGACUGGCGAGUAAAACCUGGGUCUUGAUUUUGAUAUAAUUGUGUUAUUAACAUGUAUUGUAUGUGUUAACACCUUUAUCUCUGUUCGACCAACUUUUCACCCUGACGACAGUUUCACAACUUAGAAUUGUCAAAGAAAUCUGAGACUCAUGGGUUCAGUAAGUGUAGUGUCCAGUUUCCAUCCAGAGUCACACAUACACUGAGUAUACAAAACAUUAAGAACACCUGCUCUUUCCAUGACAUAGACUGACCAGGCUAAUCCAGGUGAAAGUUAUGAUCCCUUAUUGAUGUAACUUGUUAAAUCCACUUCAAUCAGUGUAGAUGAAGGGGAGGAGACAGGUUAAAGAAGGAUUUUUAAGCCUUGAGACAAUUGAGACAUGGAUUGUGUAUGUGUGCCAUUCAAAGGGUGAAUGGGCACGACAAAAUAUUGAAGUGCCUUUGAACGGGUUAUGGUGGUGCCAGGCACACCAGUUUGUGUCAACAACUUCAACGCUGCUGGGUUUUUCACGCUCAACAGCCGUGUGUAUCAAGAAUGGUCCACCACCCAAAGGACAUCCAGCCAACUUGACACAACUGUGGGAAGCAUUGGAGUCAACAUGGGCCAGCAUCCCUGUGGAACACUUUCGACACCUUUUAGAGUUCAUGCCCCGACCAAUUGAGGCUGUGAUGGGGGGGAAAAAGGGGUGCAACUCAAUAUUAGGAAGGUGUUCAUAAUAUUUUGUACACUCAGUGUAUACCCCUCUGUGAUGGUGGGAGGGGGGGAGAGAAGAUGAGGGCGGGAGGGGGAGGGAGCGAGGAGGGAAGAGGAGGGAGCGAGGAGAGAAGAGGAGGGAGCGAGGAGAGAAGAGGAGGGAGCGAGGAGAGAAGAGGAGGGUGGGAGGGAGGAGAGCGGGAGGGAGAAGAGGAGGGGAGAGAAGAUGGGAGGAAGGAAGGAGGGAGGGAUGGAGGGAGGAGGGAGAGAAGAGGAGCGAGGGAUGGAGGGGGAGAAGAGGAGGGGAUGGGGGCCGGGAAGCAGGAGGGUCUAGGAAGGGAGGGGGGUAGAGAGAGGAUGAGGGGGGGCAGAGGAGGGGAAGAGGAGGGAGGAGGGACGGGAGGGAGAAGAGGAGGGAGGGAGAAGGGGAGGGAGGGAGGGGCGGAGGAGGGGGGAGAAGGGGGGAGGGAGGGAGGGAGGGAGGGAGAAGGGGAAGGGAGGGGAGGGGGAGAAGGGAGAGGGGGAGGGAGGGAGAAGAGGGAAGGGGGGGGGGAGGGCGAAAAGGAGGGGGGAGGGAGGGGGGAGGGAAGUGAGGGAGGGAGGGAGGAAAAGAAGGGGGGGGGAGAGGGGGAAGAGGAAGGGAGGGAGGGAGGGGGGAGGGGGAGGAGGUGGAGGGAGGGAGGGGGGGAGAGAAGUGGAGGGAGGGAGGGGUGGGGGAGAGAAGAGGAGGGAGGGAGGGGGAGGAAGAGAAGAGGAGGGAUGGAGGGGGGAGGGAGGGGGGGGGGGAGGGAGGAGGGGGGAGGGAGGGAGGGGGGGUAG